AUGGAUGUGGUUUUGAACAUUUUGAUAGGAAUCUUCGUGUAUGUCGGAAUCGUGGCCGGGUCAUUCUGGCCCAGUGUGUCUUAUCAAUCACAAGUGGCUUUGAGAUCUCAGAGGGACAUUAUGGCCAAUGUUUCGAUAGAUCAGAUCCCAUUUGUUGGGAUUAAGGUAAGCACGGUGUUUAAUUCGAGUUGGGACAAUAUUACACAGGCUCUACAGGUGUUAAGUGGGGUUUUAGACGCUGGAAUACAGACUCUUGUCGUUGACGUGAGCCUGGAAGAACAAGAUAACGAGAUUUCAGUGAUGAACACGAACAUGACAUUGCGAGACGUUUUGGUGACGUUAGAGACUUAUAUGAGCUCGACCAAUAAUUAUCUUGAUGCCAAUAUCUUGAAUUUGAUGUUAAGAACCGACGAACGACGGAAUUCGCAGGCGGUGCCCGACUUGAAUAUGACGGCAUAUUUGGAGCAAAGCAUACCAUUGAGCAGGAUAUACAUGCCGCAGAAUUUGAUGGAAGACCGACGAGAGGGGAAUGCGUUUGAUUUUGAGGGAAAUAUAAGCUCUUUCGGCUGGCCUCGGAUGCAGAAUUUUUUGUUUGAACAGCAGAAACGAUUAAUGAUAACUGCGGUUGAUGACGAUACUGAUAAGGUCCUGAAUUCUUCUUUGAUAUUUGAUUCGAAUAUUUUGACGUAUCUGACCGACAAUUCUUCCGUUGUUUGCCCACUAGCGACUCAGAGCGCCCUGGCAAGGACCGCUCAGUUUCAAUGGCGAUUUUUGGAGAAUGAAUUCAAUCCUAAAGACAUUUUUGAAUACGUUAGAUGUGGAUUUUCACCCAUUAUAACCAAUGAAUUUGAUUCUCCAACGCUUCCAGGCAUGGACAGCCUUUUAGAAAGUGCAUUACUAUGGUCAUGGCAAAUUGGACAACCAGAAGAAGAUGAGAGCUCAAAAAGUAACUCGACUUCGCUAAUUGCAUAUCGUUGUGCGAUUCUGCAUUUCCAGGCUUUAAACGCAAGCAGUUACUGGAGGACCGGGAACUGCUAUGUAAGCAAAGAUGGGUUAUGCCGAUUGCUAAAUAAACCCUUUGCCUGGUCACUGAGUACUUCCGAAUCAGACUACUUCGAGUUGAACGAUGAUGACACUGAUAGGAAAUGUCCUCAAAAUUUCGAUUUAUCUGUGCCCAAAUCGCCCCUUCAACAAAGAGCUGUCGAGAUAUACUUGAGUACAUUGGAAUCUCCCGAUAUGGACAUCUGGAUAGAUCUGAACUCUAUUGCUGUCCCGGAUUGCUGGGUGGUAGGAGGUCCCUAUGCAUCCUGUCCUUACGAACAAAAUGUCUCUGCCAGGAAUUUUUUGCAUAUGCUGGCUCCGUCGUGUGUCUUUGCCGCCGUACUUCUUCUCAUGAUGAUUUAUCUGAAUUGGCAGAAGGUACCGAUACAAGAUAAUAGAAAGAGCUGGAAAAGAGUUGUUAAUUCAUAUUCAAGGUCGGAGUCUGAAGGUGUUCCGGCUUAG